UAUCAAUAUCCGUCGYGGUAAGAGUACAAAGKAAUUUGUAGUGCUGGAACAAAGCAUUGAAAUAAUUACAAUAUUACUAGGAAUUGAGUCUUCUAAAAACCAUGUUGGAAAUGUGGCACGCCUCUCUGUCUUUGCUUCGUAGUUUACAUGGCAGGCGAAAUCAGUUAUUGAAAGAGAGGGUCUUCUCUGAUACUCGCCGAGAAUUAUGGCGACUCCGAAACCAAGAUCAAAUACUUCGGUACUAUUUGAUGCCGUUACCAAAAUCAUCGCAUUGAAUUGGGGGUGGCAACGCCUCCAGGGGCACGGCAACAAUGCGCUCCACGUCGUCUUCGCUCACCCACCCAUCUGGUAUUUUGAUCAUCAUGCGAUAUUCUUCGUUGCAUUUUCGAUAUUCCAUUUCUAUUCCCAAAAUGACCACCCCGGAAGCGACCACGCGAACCACGGCGAGAGCCAAGUCAGCAUCCUGGUCGAGAUACACAGAUGCCCCGGCAUUGGACACAACACGAUAAAAGGCCGGAAACGCAGAGCGUUCCUUGUCAACAAGACCAGUGUUGGAUUUUGCUUUUGCUUCUGUUUCCUGUSCGCCUUUGCAAAUCGGUGCUUUUUCGUCCGAGUCACUUUCGACCUUAAGUGAUCCCGGCUGSAMUUCACCAUCCGACGCCUCUGUUGGUUGCUCUGUCCCGUUAGUUUGUGCC